AUGCAGACAGCGGCAGCAUACCUAUGGAUCGGCCAGGUUAGAAAGCAACUGGGGAGGCAGCCACGAUCAAGCGUUGAAUCCGGCGGGUGGAGUGCGGUUCCAAGCAUUUUCCGCAAAAAGAACGUCACAGACAUGACCAGAACUCUCUUUAUUUACCGAAUAUUGGCCUGUGUGGCAUCCCUAAUGGUUCUUAUUUGUUCAACCCUCCCUCAGCUUGUCUUAACAGUUGCUAAUCGUCCAAAGGAGGGCAAUAUUGAUCAGCUGUGGGGUUGGUGUCAUAUAUUUGUGUACAUGGAUCACACCACUCGCUCAUUCGCAACGUAUCUCAUAGUUAUACCCUACGUCCUUUUCUUCUGGGAUUUCCUAUUCAGUGAGGUUGUUCCUCGUCGCCACUUAGUAAUGAAACGCAUAUUUCGUGGAAUUGUUAUUUCAGCGCUUCCAAUAGCCAUUAUUUCCUCAAUGGUGGCAAUACCCCUUGUGGUCUAUAGGUAUGAAAAGACUGGCAACGAAAGCACAAUCUAUUGUGGGGCAACAAUCUCCGGCACAACCAACUUUAUUGCCUUUGAUUUUGCCGUUACACGAGUAGCGCCAACAGUCAUCAUCAUUGUUGUGACUUCCGCUUUUCUUGUAUGGCUUCCAAGACAUCACUAUGGGGUAUUUUAUGAGCCUCUCAUUUUUCUCGGUCUUAUGGCUCCAGUUGUAUUUCUCGAAGGAACUGUAUACAUUGCCUGCUAUAUGGGAAAAGUUACCAGUCUAAUUAAUGAACAAUUCGCCAACGCAGUUCUCAUCUUUUACGCAUUCUAUCACAUGUCCUUCAGUAGUACAUUUGUUCUUGCAACUCUUCGAUCGGUAAUUACUGAAAUUCGGCAUGAACGCAAGGCGAGAAAGAGAUUCCUGAUUGGUGAGGAGCCUAAAGAAGAUGAACGCAAGAAUGCUCGUCGGAGUGAUGUGAUGCUUGGUCUUCAGCGACAGUUUUCCGUUGUUUUCCGAUGGCGAUCCGAAUGUGCAGAGGAUGAAUUGCAUCUAGAAGAGCGAUUUAUGGAAAAAAAGCCUGUGGUUAACCUGGAAGCUCCUCCAAUUCUAGAGGAAACGUUUGAUGAUGAAUUAACAGAAAAGAAACCCCCCGAUGAUGUUACGUUGCAUUAUUCCAUUCUCCAACGCUCUGCGACCAUAAAGAAAACCACUUCACCGAGCACCAGUCCCCCGCGACAAUUUAAACCCAAAACCCCCUCAGAAGACACACCUAGGAGUCCAGAGAUAACCCAUUUUGAUUUUCAAGGAAAAUAUAAUAAUUCUCAAAAUAGUCCCACCCGAAGAAAUCCUAGAGGAACUGGAACAGGUGUUGCCAGAAGCCCAACUUCGCUAUCACCCAGAUCCCUACAUGUAAGACAGCCGGAAAUCAAUCAACGAUUUGGAUCUAUGACACAUAUUCAAAACCUACCAGAUGAUACUAUUCUACCUGGUUGUCCUGUCCAACGUAGUCCAAGAAGAACACCUCGAUUCGAGUAG